GCGAUCGUGCGUCUGCUAAGCGAAGACUAAUAACCGUUUAAUAUGAUUACUGGAAACCUACAACCAAGUGGAAUUUUACAGCUACGUUCGCUUUUAAAGAAGAUCUGUGCUACGAGUUUUACUCGGUAAUUUUUUUUGCGUGUUAAGAUUUAUAAAGCUACUAAAGUUUAAAGUUUGAUCACACAACCUGCUUAAAAAAUAAUAACCGAGAACCGAGUAACAAGCCAAAUUAUGGGAUUGUUAUUAUCCAACUGUGAUGUGGAUUGUAAAGCCGUUUGAAGGAGAGUUCGCUUUGCGUCGGGACAAUGUGACAGGAUUCGUGUCGUGGCUACUCACGUUUUUGGAUAUUUUGAAAAGCAUCGGCAACAGCUGAAAGUAAGACACGUUUCUUUUUUUCUCCAGGUGUCCCGUGGGACCAAAAAUGGGAUUUUCGCCAGAUUAACCUGCCUGACCCCUGCCUUUCAGAAGGUUCAUCCAUGUCUGCCAGGCUGUCCGAAACAUUUUUUGAUGCUUUUCGACAAGUUCGCCUAUCCUACGAUAGGGUUUUAGACAGACUUUCCCGUUGCGCCGUCUCAAUCAUGAACUUAACUGUACGCUUGCUUCAGUUGUUUUGCGUGACGCUUCUGUAUUUCUCAGCUGUCAAGAGUGCCUACAUCCCCAGAGAGUCUGAUGGAGACACACAUGUGGUGCCUUUUACUGAUGUCUACAAUAAGUCAAUGUGCCGGCCCCGAGAGAUGCUGGUAGACGUCCAGCAGGAGUACCCUGAAGACAUUGAGCACAUCUUUAUUCCAUCCUGUGUGGUACUAAUGCGCUGUGCCGGCUGCUGCAAUGAUGAGAUGUUGGAGUGCACCCCCACUGCCACACACAACAUCACCAUGGAGGUACAGAAAUUAAAACCCAUGCGCAUCAGACGGAACUACCCAAUGAGUUUUACAGAACACACUGAAUGUGAAUGCAGAAUAAAGAAAAACAUCAUCCAGGAAAAGACAGAAAAAAAACCCCAGAAAGGAAAAGGUCAAAAAGGAAGGCGAAAGAAAAUCGGUGACAUAUUGCAGGACUUUACCCACUGUAAGCCCUGCUGCAGUACGUGUUCCGAGAGGAGAAAAAGGUUGUUCGUUCAGGAUCCUGAAACGUGCCAGUGCUCAUGCAAACAUACGGAGGCCGACUGCAAGCUAAAGCAGCUAGAGCUCAAUGAAAGGACAUGCAGAUGUGACAAACCGAGGAGAUGAGAAGAGGUCAUCCUUUCUAUGGAUUUUGGGAUGAAGGAAUAGUUCAUUCAUAGCACAGCACUUUGAACCUUCAGCUUUGACUGUUCAACCCUGGACUCUGGAAGCAUUCCCCUGGACUGUCUGAGAGGGACAGAGUGUCAGCAAGUGUAAAUGGGAUGGCAGAUCUACUGCCAUGUAUGUUUCCAUUAUAAAUGUGUAUAUUAGCAACAUAUAAGAAGACUGAAAACUACAGUACUAAUAGAUUUGCUGCUAAAGAGACUAAGGAUUGGUUGUGUCAGCUUGCUUGAGAACACAUAAUGCAGCAUAUCACUGGAUUUGCCAUGGAAUUAUAUUCAGUUUUUAUUUGAACAUGAACGACAUGAAGACUGACUGAAGUGCACAUCGCGCAGCGUCGCACAAAACACUACUGGCAGUUGUCAUAAACAGCCUUUUGAAGCUCUUUUUUAUCAACGUGCCUGGUUUGCAGUAUCCAGAGUGAAAUCGCUGUGAAACAGAAAGGACCUUGGUCUCAUCUGUUUUCAAAAAGACAUCUGUAAGGAAACCACUUUGCCUAGAUUAUGUGACUUGACUUUUUUUUUCUACUGACAGACAGAUGACUACUUAAGAUUUAUGAUGACGUAUCUCUGUAGAACUGUAUUUUUCUGUCAUUCAGGCUGCAGUAAAUCACAAGAACUUAAAGAAAUUUAAAACAUAGAAGGUCAUUUGAAUGUUGUUUUUAAUAUUCUUUAUUACCCAUCAAGUCCAUAAUUUUAGUUCAGUAUUCUUACUCUCUAGGUAAUGAUAUCUAUUUAAGUGCAGUGUUAAUUUUUAUAAGAUUACAUUCCCAUAGUUUGCCCUCAACAUUUUCUCUAUAAACUAUUGUGUGUGAGACAAAGAAUAUGUGGAAAGAGAUUAGACUAUUAAGUGUCUUAUGAAUGCUCUAUGCCUGUAAGAAUAAACUGCCAAAUGAAAUAAUAGGCCACCAAACACCUGCUACCUUUUUAUUUUACUGUCAUAUCACAGGAGAGAGUGCUUUUAGUUUAUUGACAUUCUGUUUUAUUUAUUUAGUCAAUGUAUAUAUGUUAAAUUUUAACAUUUGUGUCUGUGUAAUGUAGUAAACCAUAUUUAUUUUCAAAUUAUAUUUCAUUUUUUUCUAUAAAAUAUUUAAAAAACA